UUACGCCUCCAGCCAUGAAGACGAACGGACGGGACAACUACGCUCUUAGUGUGGACGGCACGAUCGGGGUGUCGGCGGAGGGCUGGGACGCCGGGCACCAAGGAAGGAGGUCGAGGGCAGUCCGUCCUUGGACGUGUUGCCAGGUCACCCUCAUGGUCCUGGCCUCUGGGUGCGUGGCGAUGAGCGUGGCGAUGCUGGCGGGAGGGUACCAGGCCAUGUUUGACGCUGUGCUGAAGGCGAACAUGGAGGUGGUGGAGGGCUCGCGGGCGUACGACAUCUGGCGCGUGACCCCCGUGCCAAUGUUCCUCCGCUUCUACUUCUUCAACAUCACCAACCCGGAGGAGUUCGCGGCGGGGGGCAAGGCGGCACUACAGGAGGUGGGGCCCUACUGCUACAGGGAGUACCACGAGAAACAGAACGUGUCCUUCCACGGUAACGACACGGUGACCUUCCUGCAGCAGCGGUGGUGGGUGUGGGACGCAGAGACCUCGGGGAACAACACUCAGGAAGACCCCAUCGUCAACCUUAACACCAUACCCAUUUCCUCGGCGUGGGGCGUGCGGGACAGUCCGGGGCAGCUCACCAGUCUCAACCUGUUCUUCAAGAAAAAGGAGGAACCGCUCAUCCUUACAGCCACGGCCGGGCAGCUCAUCUUCGACGGGUACACGGACCCGCUGCUGGACUGGAUGCAGAACGCCACGCUGCCCCCGGAGGUCGACCUGCCCCCUGGCCUCACCGACUACGACAAAUUUGCGUGGUUCUACAAGCGCAACUUGUCCCUUACGUACGAUGGAGAGUUCAACAUGUACACAGGCCACGACACCCUUGACAAUUUGGGGAGAAUCGACACAUGGAACAGAGUGCGGGAGACGGACUUCUACGAGAGCCCGUGUAACCGCGUCGGAGGCUCUGCGGGAGAGAUGUGGCCACCGAACAGAGGCAGGGACCUGAUCGACUUCUACAGCCCCGACCUUUGCAUGACCAUGCCUAUAUAUUAUGAGGAGGAGGUCGAGGAUAAGAACGGCCUCCCCGCCUACCGCUACAUAGGCAACAAUCACACCUUUGCCAACGGGAGCGUGGUGCCGGGAAACGAGUGCUACUGUGUCGACGGAACCUGCGCUCCUACAGGACUCCUUAACGCCGAGUCCUGUCGUUAUGGAUCUCCUGCCUUCAUCUCCUUCCCUCACUUCCUGCACGCUGACCCCUUCCUGCUGGACUCCGUGGAUGGCCUCUCCCCCAACGCGUCCAUCCAUCAAUUCAACAUGGACCUCAUACCGGAGCUCGGCAUCCCGAUCAACGUGGAGGCGAGAAUGCAGAUCAACAUGCACGUGAUCCCCUAUCCCGGCGGUCUUGGCGGCAUCGGGAAGAUAGACAUGCUCAGCGAGGUAAAAGAAGUAUACCUGCCGCUCUUCUGGUUCGAGACGGUGGCCGAGGUGUCCCCUAAAGACGCCGAGGACCUGAAGACUCUCCUCUACCUCAUGAACUCUCCCUUGUUCACCAUCAUCUUCUCCGUCAUGUUCGGUCUCGGCACCCUCACCCUCAUCCUCGUCCUCCUGUAUCACUAUUUCCAAAUCCCUUGUUGCUAACGCUUACUGAAUGGUUGUUGUUUGUAGAGUAAUGGAGGCAGCUCAAGGGCAUCAAAAACAGAAAAUUCCGCUAAACGAUCUUCCAGACACCCAAAAAGUACAUUAUGAGUGUCCAGAAGAGAGGUUUAAUUUCGGUCAUAUUGUUAGGUUGUGUGAUGGAGUUGCUAGGUUUUAGUUCAUUUCUCGUUUAUUUAUAUUAGAAUAGGUUAGUUAGGAUAGUCUUCGUUGGUAUUGGAUGAUUGAAUUGUCUGAUUGUGUAUUCAUGUAUUGGCUUUAAGUUUAUGAUUAAGUUUGAUGUAUUUAUAUUUGGUUAGGUUUUUUUUUACAACAAAGGAGACAGCUCAAGGGCACAAAAAAGGAAACAAUAAAAAAAAGCCCGCUACUCGCUGAUCCUAAAAAAAAUAAAUAAAUAAAUAAAUAAAAUAAAAAGAGGUGGCCGAAAGAGAGGUCAAUUUCGGGAGGAGAGGUGUCCUGAUAGGUUAGUUAGUUUUCAUUGGUGCUGGAUGAGUGUAUUGCUUAACUGUGUGUAUAAAUGAAGGCGUUGUUAGGUUCAGGGUUAGAUGUGAUUUACGAACAUUAGUCUAGGUUCAUUAGGUCAGUUUUCGUUGGUAGUUGUUCCUGUGAUUACCAUUCCUCCCUCGUUUUAUAACCGUCGCUCUGUACUUCGAUCUUAGGGCUCUAAAACGUAUGAGUCAUGAGCCCAAAGAUGGAUGCACUGAAGGGGAAAGGUAAUAAUGUAUAUGCCAAGAGUAUAUUUUUCUAUGGAGGUGAAAGAAAAAGUUGGAGAAAGAAAUGGGUUUGGCUUUAGGCUUGACUAGAUUAGGCGCGAUAUGUUGGACUUAGAUAUCACUUAAAAUGACUGGUACGUUUUUUUACGAUUUAGGCAACGCUUAAGAGAUGUAUUUUUGGCAAUAUUGCAUUAUCGUUAUUAAUAGUGGUAAGGGCGCAGGUAACUGUACUCCAAACAUAUAACUGUCGACUUCAUUUAUAUAAAAAAAUCAAACAAAUAUGAAUAAGAACUUCGUAAGAGUGUUUUAUAUAUAUAUGCCUAAAAUCAUCAGUUCAAGAUAUUCUUUACCGAGCAGAGUAAACACGUUAAUAUACAAGAUAUGGGGAACGUCCAGCAUGAACACUCUACGGAAAUACUCCCCAGCUUUCACAUACAGUCUCCGGGCAGUUCACUUGAUUUCACAGCUUUGUUUUUGUUCCCCUUAACAGUGGUACGUUUUCUGUGCCAAGCAACGUUAACUCCGACAAACGCCAGACCUUAACAUUUUAACCUCGCCCCCACUACUACUACUACAACUACUACUACUACUACUACUGGUAACUUUUCAUGCGCUAUUAAUCAGUGUAAUGACCUUAACCCACUUACUAACCUAAUGACAUUACUAAACACACACACACACACACACACAUGCACGUUAAGAAAGAGAUACUACUUCAUCAAAAUUUUCUUAUAAUAUAUCAAAGGAUAAUAAGGAAAAAGGAAAUGAGGAGGAAAAGGAAGAUGAUGAUGAUGAUGAGGAGAAGCAUUAAAAGUAGGAGGGACUAUAAGGAAAAA